AUCCUCACUACACACUCAUCUACACAACGUGAAAAGCAUGGCUCAUAUUUUCUCUCUCCUCACUUUCUCUCUCCUCAUCCUCACCACCGCUGUCUCCGGCUACAUUCCCGGCGCCGGCGAAUUUUCCGACGACUCCCUCAUCCGUCAAGUCGUCGAUGAAGACGCCAACUCACUAGACUUAUCACAAUCCCACCACCAUUUCUCUCUCUUCAAGAAACGUUUCGGAAAAUCAUACGCUACUCAAGAAGAACACGAUUACCGUUUCGAGAUCUUUAAGGCUAACUUGCGGCAAGCUAAGGUUAAUCAAGCUCUUGACCCGAGUGCGGUUCAUGGGGUGACCCGGUUUUCCGAUUUGAGUGAGUCUGAGUUUAGGAGUCAGUUUCUGGGUGUUAAGAAUGGGUUGAAGUAUCCUUCUCAUGCUAAUAAGGCUCCUAUUUUGCCUACUGAUGAUCUUCCUCUUGAUUUUGAUUGGAGGAAACUUGGUGCUGUUACUCCUCCUAAAGAUCAGGGUGGAUGUGGUUCGUGCUGGUCCUUUAGUACCACUGGAGCCAUGGAAGGUGCACACUUUAUCGCGACAGGGAAACUUGAGAGCCUUAGUGAGCAACAGCUUCUGGAUUGUGAUCGUGAGUGUGAUCCAGAGGGGGAACCAGAUGACUGUGACCUUGGUUGCCAAGGUGGGUUGAUGAACAAUGCCUUUGAAUAUCUUCUAAAAGCUGGUGGCUUGAUGCGAGAGGAGGACUAUCCAUACACUGCUAGAAAUGGUCGCUGCAAAUUUGACAAGAGCAAGAUAGCAGCUAAGGUAGCAAACUUCAGCGUUGUCCCUGUUGAUGAAGGCCAGAUUGCUGCAAACCUUGUGAAAAAUGGACCUCUUGCUGUGGGCAUAAAUGCUCGUUAUAUGUCAAGCUACAGAGGUGGAGUUUCAUGCCCAUUGACAUGCUCAGCUGAUUUAGAGCACGGAGUGCUAUUGGUUGGCUUUGGUUCUUCUGGUUACUCUGAUAUGCGCAAGGAAGAGAAGCCAUACUGGAUCAUUAAGAACUCGUGGGGUGAAUACUGGGGAGAGAAUGGGUAUUACAGAUUAUGUAGGGGCUACGAUCUUUGUGGUGUCAACACUUUGGUCUCUACUGUUGCCGCAGCUCCUGCUACCUCUCAGUAAGUCAGUAGGGUAUGAUGAAUGCAGCAACCAUAUACCCAUGCUACCAGCAUACGUUACUGUACAUUUAAUGUAAAAGGAGUAAGCCUGAAACAAGAAACUAUGUAUUCAAGGCUUCCUCUCUUCCAUCGUUACGAUGUUGUAAGUCUUUGGAGGGGAAGGAUGUCACAUUGAAAGAGCAUAAAAAUGAAAAUCAGUGUCUCUAGUAUGUGUUAUUAUCAAAGGAUCUGUACUAUUAUUGUAUCAGUGUAUGUCCAUUUAGACUAUCGCUCCAAAUUGUUGGUUGCUUAUAUUUUAUAGUUAUUGGAAAUCAAUUGAGUCUCUUUUUCUAUUUUAA